AAGUUAGUUAGGAAAACAUCGUGGUGAAUUAGUUUAAUUGUACAAAAAAUGAGGACUGACAUAUACUUGAAUAAUUAGUGUUGAUAACAUUUUUUUCAUACCAUGUCUAAUAAAAUAGAUAAACUCUCCAAAAUUUUCACAAGAAGCCGAUCUCACACCGUCCUAACAGAGUCAGAAAUCCUUCAGCCACACUCGGAAAAUCUAGAAAGGGUCAAACCUUAUUCAGAAGUCCCUGGACCAAGACCGAUACCGGUUUUGGGAAACACCUGGAGACUUUUACCAAUAGUCGGGCAGUACGACGUUUCGGACGUGGCUAAACUGUCAUCCUUAUUCUACCAAGAAUAUGGAAAGAUCGUCAAAUUGUCCGGGUUGAUAGGAAGACCAGACUUACUGUUCAUCUAUGACGCAGAUGAAAUAGAAAAAGUUUACAGAAGGGAAGGGCCUACGCCCUUCAGACCUUCUAUGCCUUGUCUUGUGAAAUACAAGAGCGACAUAAGGAAGAACUUUUUCGGAGAAUUGGCCGGAGUUGUCGGAGUGCAUGGAGAACCAUGGAGGCUCUUCAGGACUAAAGUGCAGAAGCCCAUUCUUCAACUCAGAACAGUGAAAAAGUAUAUUGAGCCAAUAGAAGUUGUCACCAAAGAUUUUAUUCAAAGGAUGCUUGAAAUGAAGGACGAAAACGAUGAGAUGCCUGCUGAUUUCGAUAAUGAGAUUCAUAAAUGGUCUCUAGAAUGCAUUGGACGAGUAUCGCUUGAUGUUAGAUUGGGUUGCCUAGAUCCAAAUUUGUCCCCAGAGUCCGAACCUCAAAAAAUAAUAGACGCUGCCAAGUAUGCACUGAGGAACAUAGCGAUCCUGGAAUUAAGGUUUCCGUUUUGGAGGUACUUUCCCACGUCGAUCUGGACCAAAUAUGUGAAGAAUAUGGACUACUUUAUAGAAGUUUGCAUGAAGCAUAUAGAUGCUGCCAUGGAAAAAUUGAAGACAAAAACAGUGUUAGAUGAAAAGGAGCUGUCUCUAGUGGAACGAAUUUUGGCCAAUGAACCGGAUCCUAAAACUGCCUACAUUUUGGCACUGGACCUUAUUUUAGUUGGAAUUGAUACUAUAUCAAUGGCAGUAUGUUCAAUUCUGUAUCAGCUGGCGACGAGACCAGAACAACAAGAAAAAAUGUAUCAGGAACUGAAACAGAUUUUACCACACCCCAACGAUCCGCUAGACUCGAAGAAACUAGAUCAAAUGGUGUUUUUGAAGGCAUUUAUCAAGGAAGUUUUUAGAUUAUAUUCAACAGUUAUUGGAAAUGGUAGAACUUUGCAGGAAGACAUGGUACUACUUGGGUACAAAGUUCCUAAAGGUGUCCAAGUUGUGUUUCCAACACUGGUAACAGGCAGCAUGGGUGAAUACGUUUCAGAAGCCGACAAAUUCAUACCAGAACGUUGGACGAAAACUGAGAGUGAAAACUACAAACUCCACCCCUUCGCUUCCCUACCGUACGGCUAUGGGGCUAGAAUGUGCCUUGGUAGGAGAUUUGCGGAUUUGGAAAUGCAGGUGUUGUUAGCUAAGCUUAUACGGUCUUAUAGGUUGGAAUACCACCACGAACCCCUUGACUAUAAAGUAACUUUUAUGUAUGCUCCCGAUGGAGAACUACGGUUUAAAAUGAUUAAAAGAGACGAUUGAAAUUGGAACAAUGAAUGUUUAACCUCACAUUCUUCCGUUUCUGUCAAAAUAAUUGUUUGUCUUAUUAUUCUCACAUUUCAGUUGAAACAGAUCUGAAGAACUGUGUAUAAAAACUAAUAGACAAAUAUUUUGUAAUAUAAUUGUACUAUAAUAUGUAUAUAUGCAGCACCCAGCUGUGAUAUAACUAGUAUUUAUUUAUAUUUUACAACCAAGUUGUUA